AUGUCAGAACAGGAAAAAAAGCAGACCGACGUACGAGAUAUGGCUAAUCAACACAUUCAGGCACGUGGAGCGAAAGAAUAUGUUGUUUUGAUUCCGUUACAAAAAACGUCGACGCUUAAUACAGUGCUUAUUGAAAGACGGAAAGUCACAGAUAUAACCGAUAAGAAUAUUCUUCAUAUUGGUAGCGGACGAAAUGUCGAUUUUAUCAUCUACAAAAAUUCGCAGCCAGCUCAACGCGAUAAUGGACCUGCACAGUUUUCUUCUCAAUUCAAAGUCUUCAUGACUGAUCAACAGACAGCAGAAUACCAUCAAGAGAAUCGUACUCUGCGUCUCUGGUCAUAUCCAUCAACACAAAAUGAAUGCCUGUCCGAUGCACAUAAGUUUAUUCGUACGUUGUUAAAAUCGGAUGAAUUUCCUCGCGAUUAUUUUUCUUUUAUUAAACGACUCAUGGAGCUGUUGCGUCAGUUUACAAGUAUCCGAAAGCUUGAAUUAGAAAUUCAAACACUGAACCAGCCGGAUCUCGACAUCAACGAUCAUCCAGUUGACCAAUAUGUCUCACGUUUGAUGCUCUAUGAUAAUGAUUAUCUUUCCGAAAUGCAUGGAAAGAAUCCAAAACGAUAUGCUGAUUUAAUUAAAGAAAAAUUAUUGGAUUUACUUGAACAAGCAUUUCCCAAUCCGAUGUUCGUCAAUGACUUGGUGAAAUACGUUGAAUGUGAUGGUCAAACAGUUCUUCAAUAUCUUCUUGAAUUAGAAGAUAAAAAUCUCGUUAAGCAUCUUGAUCAAGAUGGGCAACAAUGGACACGUGUGAUCAUCGCGGCCGAAGAAGAAGAUACUCAUAAAGUGAUCUUGUACAAAUCGAUUGCUGAACUAUCGAGCUCGUUUCGACCAACGAUUGCCAUUAUAACUGUAAAUUAUUUUGAAAAAUUAGCAGUCGAUGCAAUGAUUGAAAAUAAAGUCACUUUCGUUCGGCACAAAGCAGGUGAAUCAAACGUUUAUACAAUCGGCACGAUUGGUUCACAUCAUGUUGUUUCAACAAAAUUACCGUUAAUUGGCCGUAGUCGAACUGCACAAAUCUCUACUGGAAGUACAACUACUCGAUUAUUGGGAACAUUUCAACAUGUACAACAUGUGUUUAUUAUCGGUUGUGCUGGCGGUGUUCCACACUAUACAGAUGUAACAAAACAUGUUCGACGCGGAGAUAUUAUUGUUGGCUAUCCUAAUGAAGAAGAUUAUAUUUACGGUAUCUAUGAAGCUGAACAGUCGUCUGAAGGUUAUGAAUUUGUCUCGACAUGCUACAAACCGAAAAGUUUUCAAUUGUAUCAGCUUAUGGAACCGAUUAAAGAAAACUAUGAACAAACAAAUGCGACUCGACCGUUGACACACAAAUAUCCUUGGGAGAAAUUUCUCGAAGAAGGUAUUCAGUAUUUACUCUCCCAUAAUAUUGAUUGUUUACCACCGGCAACCGAUCGUCUUCACCUUAAAAUGGAUAAUGGUGAAAUUGUCGAAGUAAAACAUCCCGAUCAAGGUAAAAAAGAUUAUCAUCGACCUACGAUACGCUUCGGUAUGAUUGCUGGUGGAAAGAAUCUUCUAACUAAUGAUUAUUUGAAAACAACAUUAUGCGAUCGAUGUAAUGUUUUAUGUUUCGACUCCGAAAUUGAUCAAGUGAUCGCGGCUAUCCAAGGCAAUCGAACUGAAUCGUUCAUGAUCAUCCGUGGUGUGUCCGAUUAUCACGAUGGAACAUUAAACAAAGAAUGGCAACCAUUUUCCGCAUUAUCUGAUGAUCGACAACGCCUGUCGGUCGCAUUGGAUGCUGGUUAUGUCUCGAUAGCAUCCGUGCCGGUUGAACAAUUGACGAAAACGUUUGGUUUACAUGGAAGAAGACUAACCUGUGUUGUUGGUGCAAUUCUGACUUUAUUUUUAGUUAGUUUUCUCAAUUUUACGUGUCUUCUAUGGUUUUUGUAUAAACUCGAUUGGUCAUUGUUCGAUAGUAGUCGCUCGAAAACUGUUCAGUAUAAUCAAAUUCAUGAUCAGAUAACCUUCUUCAAACAAGUAACUUGCAAAGAUCUCGUUUAUACCAAUCGGUCAGAUCAUUCAACUUGGAUAGAUAUUUCUUCAGAUAAACACAUUGAUAUAUCAGGUGAUCAGAAUUCCAUAUUGUUUGACGAAGAUCAAAUCUUAUUCAAUACUGAUAAUUUCCAUUUUAAUAAUCAAUCACUAAUUGAUUUUGCAAAUCUUCAAUCUUAUGAAUUCGAUCCCGAAAUUGAAACUCGUGUGCAUUUAAAACGACUGAAAUGUGAAUACAUACACGACAAACACAUGAAUGUGUCCGCGACAAAUCAGUUGACAAAGCCAAUCGAUACAAUCGUCAUUCGGUUCUUCGUUUUAACAAUAAGAACGAGAAGUACGCUUCUCGCCAACAAAAAGCUUCAACUGGGAAUCUACGCUUUCGAAGUGAUGUGA